AGCAGAGCCUGACCACCCUACAGACCAGGACAGUCUGACAGACCUGCAAAAGACCAAGAACCCAGAUCUGAAAAGGAGGACAGUCAAAGCAGCCGAGUCCAACCUGUCAACAUGUUCUCAGCGUCAGACUCCUCCAGAGUGACGACUGUCUGUGUGGCAGCGAUGAUGAUGAUGAUGAUGGUGAUGAUGAUGACGACAGAGGCGGCAGCCAUGCCGAGAGCAGGCAGCCAAUCGAAACAUUCAGCGAAGGCAGACAGGAAGUCCUCUGACGGUGCGAUGGUAGAAACGGUUCCCCUGCAGCUUGACCCCAACGCUUUGGCCGUGACGGGAAACAUCAGGCCGCUGGAGAACGCCUCCAUCUCCCCGUGGACGUACAACAUCUCCUACGAUGAGUCUCUGCUCCCCCCGAGGCUGUCGGAGGCUCACUGUUUGCUGAGCGGCUGUCUGGACUCGGAGGGCCAGGAAGACCGGAACCUGAGGUCCAGACCCAUCAUGCGCCAGGUCCUGCUGCUGCGCCGGGUCAGGUCAGCGGGGGCGGAGUCGGGGGCGGAGCACAGCUACCACUUCCGGCUGGAGUCCCGCCUCAUCGCAGUGGGCUGCACCUGCGUCCGGCCCGUCGUCCGGUACCAACAAUGAGGACCAGAGACUGGAUCGGGUCCCGGGUCUGUCUGACACAGACAGAAGCUACUGUAUGGAAGACCAGU